AUGGGGAGGAGAAGAGACAAACACCAUCACCUCCCAAAAUUUAACACUCAUCCCUCAUCUCCAACUCAUUCCUUCUCCUCUUCCUCCUCCGACUUCGAGUUCACAAUCUCUCUUUCGCCUCGUAAAUCCUCGGCCGCCCUCUGCCCGGCGGAUGAACUCUUCUACAAGGGCCAAAUUCUUCCCCUCCACCUCUCGCCCCGCCUUUCAAUGGUCCGUACUCUCCUCCUCGCCUCCUCCUCGUCCUCCUCCGAUACCACCACCACUGCCUCUCGUGACUCCACCGGCUCAUCUAAUGACUCUCACUCCUCCUUCUCUAGUGAAUUCAGCCAGCUCCAUCCUGAAUCCUCUCGGCCUAGCUCUGUCACUGAGGAUGCCCUAGAGGAUUUAAAUUUCAAAUGCAUUAACAAUAAUGUGAGCUCCCUUGAUAAAAACCCUAUCAAGAAACCAUCGAAGUUUUCAUUAUCAAAACUCUCUUCAGUGUUCCGGAAGGAACCAAAGAAUAUAUCAUCGUCCUCAACCUCGUCACAAAAGGGUACGAGUAAAAGCGCUAAAGAAGUCAUAAGCAAGUAUUUGAAAAAGGUGAAACCUUUGUACGAAAAGAUUUCCCAAAAGCAGCAAGUAAAGGUACCUUCAUCAUCAUUAUCAUCAACAGCUGCAACAAGGAUGGCUAGCUCAACAAAUCCCACUUUGUGCAUGAAAAAAGAUGGAUCAACCAAAGAAAGGGAUCCAAUUUCUGCUCAUCAAAAUAAGUCGAAGGAUGAUCAUAAUGCAACUAUAUCAAAUUCUUUUUCAGGGAAUACAAGGCACACGAGGAGGAGGAGUUGCAUCUCAAGCUGCCCAUCUUCAAUCAGAUCAUCACCAAAUCAUUCAGGAAUUCUUCGUAGAAACACGCCUACGAGUGCUACCACUACAAGCACGUAUGCAAAUAAUUCUUCCAUGGUGGAGUUGCAGAGUGCAAUUCAAGGUGCAAUUGCGCAUUGCAAAAACUCCAUGCUUCAGAACAAAAACUAUGGUCAGUAA